AUGGGCAGGGCGGCGGCAAGGGCUGUGCGGGAGAUCCUGGCCUACAACCACGCCCUGCGCAAGGAGCUGCGAGAGCUGGUGCGCCAGCUGGACAACGGCGACGCGCUGGAUGUGAGCGGCAUCCCCGACGACUUCCUGCGCAGCCGCCUGCUCAUGCUGUUUGACAACCUGGUGCAGCUGCGCAAGAACUCGGCGGGCCAGUACUUCAGGCGGCAGGGCGCGGCCGCCACGGUGCUGUCCUUUGUGGCGCCCCUGCUGGAGGAGUCGCAGGAGCAGCUGGCGCCCUACCGCCAGGCCUCGCAGCAGCACGCGGCAGCGGCAGCGGCGGCAGAAGCAGCCACGGCAGCGGCUGCAGAAGUCGAGGCAGCGGCAGCCGAGGCGGCGGCGGCGGCCCAGCAGCUGGCCACGGCAGCGCAGCAGCAGGAGGAGGAGCGGGAGGCGGUGGCGGCGGGGCCAGCCAUCGGGCCGGCAGGCCCGCCUCCAGCCUCGCAGCAGCGGCAGCAGCGGCAGCAGGAGGGCUUGGUCUCAGACAGCGAUGAGGAUGAGGAGGCGGGCGGUGCGCAUGUCAUCGGGCCAGCGGCGCCCCCGCCGGGCGUGCUGCCAGCAGCAGCGGCGCCGGGUGGUGAUGGGCGAGCGGAGGAGAGCGAGGGGGAGGGCGACGGCGAGGCGGCGGGCAGGCGGGUGGCCGGCCCCGCCAUGCCGCCGGCGGAGUGGCUGGCGGCUGCGGCGCAGAUGGAGUACCCUCUGAGCGAGGAGGAGGGGCCCGAGGGCGGCGGCGGCGGCGGCGGCGGUGUGGAGGAGGGGGAGGGGGAGGAUGAGUUCCUGGUGGGGCCGCCGCCGCCCGAGAUUGCAGAGGAGCUGGACCUGGCCUCCAUGGACGAGCGCACCGCGGAGGUGGUGCGUGUGCUGCGCGUGCUGCAGCAGCACGCCGCGGACCACGCCAAGUCCACGGCGGCGGAGGCGGCGGAGCAGCCGCCAGACGCGUACGAAGUGCUGGGGGUGGCGCCGGAGCUGCCCGCAGGGGAGGUGAAGCGGCGCUACUGGCGCCUGUCGCUGCUCAUCCACCCGGACAAGUGCGACCACCCGCGCGCACACGACGCCUUCCAGGCAGUCACCGGCGCCGCCAAGGAGCUGCAGGCAGGCGGGGGGCGCUGUGUGGGGCGCUGCGUGGGGCGCUGUGUGGGCCGAUUGUGGGGCGACAACCGCGGGCGGCGCUGCCGGCGGGCUGGCUGCCAGGUGGCGGGCGAGGAUGCGGGGCUGCGAGAGAAGGUGGAUGCGCGGCGGCGGGACGCGGAGCUGCGGCGGGAGUUCCGGGCGGCGGCCGCGGUGGCGGAGCGGCAGCGGCAGUGGCGGGUGGCGCGGGGGCAGGCCACAGCAGAGGACCUGGCGGGGCCGGCGGCGGCGGGGGGCCCCACCCGGGACACCUGGAUGACGGAGCUGCCUCCCGAGCGGCAGCAGGGGUCGGCGGCGGCGGCCAUGCCCACGGGCCCCUUCUCCGGCUUCUCCCUCAAGGGUGUGAAGAGCCGCGGGGACACCAGCGGGUGGACCAUGACGCCGCAGCAGCGCGCCGCACAGCUGGAGAACGGCAGCGCCGGCGGCGGCGCCGUGGGCGGCGGCGGCGGGCCGCUGCUGCUGGCCGGCGGCGUCGCGGGGGGCGCCGACGCGGGCGUGGCCGCCGCCAACCCGGCCCAGGCCGCGCGCAUGGCGGCGGCCGUCGACCGCUUCAACGCCGCCAGCCGCGGCAGGAGCCUGAUGGAGGCUCAUGCGGAGCGGCUGGCGGGGGCCGGGGAGGGCAAGAAGCGCAAGAAGCGGCGGACGGGCGAGGGGGAGGGCGGCGGCAAGGGCGGCGGCAAGGAGGGUGCGCGCGGUGGCAAGGGCAAGGGCGCAGGCGUGGCUGAGCUGGGCUACGACCCCACCCAGCACCCCUGGCGCCCCUUUGACCGCGAGAAGGACCUGGGGCCGGGGCUGGACGCCAGGGCCAACGCCGCGCAGCUGCUCAAGGGAGAGCGAGCGCUGGGGUCCAAGUUUGGGGGCGGCCAGGGCGGCGGGCGCACCUUCCUGUGA